CUGUUUAAAUCCCAAAGGCAUUCUGCGUACACUUAGUACUUAAGUGCAGAACCCCAGGGAAAUAUCAGACAGCGGUGAGGGUGGAUUUGUAAUUUAGAUUACUUGCGAAAGUAUAUUCCAACGACAGGAAAGAACAACACUGACGCACACAAACAUCAGUUCAAGCACAGGACUACCGCCUUGACGGGUACAGAACAACGCCAACGGACAAGUAAGGAGGAACAACACAGGAGCAGUCCCUGCUCAAAACUAAAGAAAAACUCCAAAGAGAAGGUCCGGGCAGACAGAGGGACAAUGUCCAUAAUCUGUGCAAAUGGAGACCAGGCCAAACAUGGUCAGAUGGGAUCAGGAAGAAGUGGAGGUGUCUCUUUUGGUCAGCAUCAGUAUACGGCAGAAGAAUACCAAGCAGUCCAAAACGCAUUACGGCAAAAGCUGGGUCCUGAGUACAUUAGCAGCAGGCAAGCUGGUGGAGGACAGAAGGUUUGCUACAUAGAAGGGCACAGGGUAAUCAGUUUGGCAAAUGAAAUGUUUGGUUACAAUGGCUGGUCCCAUUCAAUAACACAGCAGAAUGUGGAUUUUGUGGACCUGAGUAACGGAAAGUUCUAUGUUGGUGUAUGUGCAUUUGUCAAAGUUCAACUAAAGGAUGGCUCAUUUCAUGAGGAUGUUGGCUAUGGUGUCAGCGAGGGGCUGAAGUCUAAGGCUUUGUCCCUGGAGAAGGCACGUAAAGAGGCCGUCACUGAUGGAUUAAAGAGAUCACUCAAAUGCUUUGGAAACGCACUAGGCAAUUGCAUCUUGGAUAAAGAUUAUUUGCGUGCUGUAAACAAGCUUCCCAAACUGGUACAGCCAGAGUUGGAUGGUGCUCAGACAAAACGUCAGGACUUUGAUGCCACAUUGGAGAAGGCAAGAUAUAGCAGUUUUCUAAGAAAGAAAAAUACAGCAGACAUUCCACAAAUGGAACUACCUAUGCAGCAACUUCCUUCAAUCAGCGAUACUUCUCCGUCAAAGCAUCACCAGGAUGAAGCAUCUAUGAAGAGUCUCGAACAUAACCAGUCUAGUACAGGGUCUAAUUCAGUGGCUUCAGGUUCUUCUGUUCUCCCAGAUAUGGAUGCCACUUACCAACGCAAACUAAGGCAAAAGCAACUGCAGCAGCAAUUUCGUGAGCGGAUGGAGCGAAAGCAUCAAGGACAAGAAUCAAAUGGCACACCAAAUGCUGGCCAAGCAGGAAACCCGUGUGGUCUGAGAGUUCCUCCCAUAAGCCACAGUACUCCAGCAACCACUUCCUCUGUAGCAGCCCCUGAGGAGGAGUUUCUUGCAGAUGACCCUGAACUCUGGGAUAUCCCCUUAGAUGCUGGGUACACAGACAAUUUUUCUAAUGGCAACAACCAGACUGCUUCUGUUAACCCUUCUGACCCAGUCACUCCAGUAGGACAGCAUCAGAUGAUGACACGGAGCAAAACUCCACAGAGAACAAACAAUUUAAGGCAACCAGUCCGACCUAUUUCAUGGAAUCAGACGCAUGGGAAUCCAGCUGCACCUCCAAGACCAGAUAGGAGCCCAUAUCGGCAAAAUCAGAGCCUUUUCAUGAAGAAGAGGAAGUUGGAAUCGUCAUAAUUGCCACCGGUUUCCUGGAAUACAGUUUCUCUGCUACACUGAACUCAACUAAAGUUAACGUCUGCCCCUAACCAUCUGAAUUUCACUACAAUAUUAGUCAGAAACAUGAUCUGUUUGUGCUUUUAAUUUGAAGGGCCAGUAUAAUGAUACAAUGACACGCGCAAACCGCCUUUUAAUUUUUAAAUGAAAAGAGAAUUUGAAUUCUUUUAUGUGUGUGCAAAGCAGAAUUGUGGGUUCUUAAUUUGAUCACAUUGACUAAUCUGCACAAAGAUUUUUUUUUUAUUUUUUUUUAAUUACACAUUUUUCUACUACUAACAAUAACUUUGGUUACUGUGGAAAGCCAUGUUUAUCAAAUACAACCUAAGCUCCUACAAUAUCUAUGGCUUUAAGAAGUGUGGUGUUAAGUUGGAUGCACCCAUUGCUUGGCACCAUAACUGUCUUAUAGAAGAUUUCCUAUCCAACAAUAGUAUCCUAUCCAGUCAUUGAGUGUCAUUCCAACAUUGUUCAAUCUAGUUAUUUAAGUUGAGAUAAACUAGAAAGGCAUUAAAAUAAAUUGCUGUAUAGAGUUGGGCCAGUGCACGCUUACCCUAAGAGAGGAGUUGUGUUUUAAAACAUAAUUUUCACUGUUAUCCUAUAUAUGCUCUGGCCAGUUGCACUCACGUUUAUUUUCUGAGUUCAGUGUCCCUUAAAUUGUAUAUAAUUUCUAUUACAAUCUCUGCACAAUUUAGGGCUAGAUUUAUUAAAGCUGAGGCGUACAUGGUCGCGUAUACGCGCCCCUGUACGCCUCAGCUCGCCUGUGGCGGGGCGAAAUUACCCGCAGGUAUUCGCCAUUGCACACGAGCGCAAUUUUGCGCUCACAUGCAAUCCCGUCCCCUGCUCGCGCACAGCCAAUAAAGCGCGGGCAGGAGCUGUCAAUCUCCUCGGUCUGACUAGACCGAGGAGAUUGAAUUUCGCCACCUUAGAGGUGGCGAAGAGGUUAGGGAAGCGGCAGUCUGGAGACCGCUGCUUGAUAAAUUACGGCGAGCAAGUUCUUGUGAGAACUUGCAGCCGUAGGGCUUUAAUAAAUCUAGCCCUUAGAGUGAGUAUGAAAUCCUAAUGUUUACAUCCCUCAAGAACUGAAUCUGAACUCCCUUGUUCCAGAGUGAGGCCUAAGCUUCAUGUCCGCAUUGGCUGCAUUAUUUCAUCUUAUAUCACCUAACAAGAAACAAACUUCAAAAGUAUUUUACACAACAUUUUGCUGUCAGAGCAACAGUCUUCCAUAAAUAGUUAUUAAUAAUGUAUUAAUGCAUUUGCUACGAUAUUUUUUUAGCCUUGAAAAAAAGGAGAAUGUUAAAUCAUCACAAAAGAAAACCUAUUGGUGUUAAUCAUUCAACUGUAAUUUAAGACCAGCCGGUGUAAACUUAAAUAUUUUAAUUUAUCAUGUUGUAUAGUAUUGUGUUCUUUUUGUUUUUCUUUUAAUCUAUAUAUAUAUAUAUAUAGUCUGUUCUUAAAGCCGCUUGUUUUAGUAUGAAAUAAAAUAUUUGUAAAUUGGUUAAA